UCUGUCUCUCUCCCUCCUCUCAGAGAAGAAGGGGAGGAGAAGGGGGCACGCCGCCACGCCAUGGCGGGAGAGGAAAUCGGCGCGAGCGAGGAGCACGGGUGCGCCGCGGGAGGCGAGCCCAUGAACGACUACGAGAGGCAGCGGCUGGCGCGGAUUCGGGAGAACGAGGCGCGCCUCCAGGCCCUCGGCAUCCGCCGGCUCGCCGCGUCCCCUCUCCUCCACAGCCCGGCUUCAUCGGCGGGGGGCAAGGGGAAGCGGAAGAGCCGAGCCGCCGACGCGGACGAGGAGUACCUCCCGUCCGACGGCGGAGAGGAUGAUGAUGAGGAGGAGAGCUCGUCGACCAGCGACCAGGAUGGCGAGGAAGAGGAGGACGCCGAGGCUUCCUCUAGGUCUCGGAAAAAGGGAAAGAAAAAGGUACUGAACUCAGGAAAGUCUUCUCAAGUUACGCAUAGAAAAGAGAAUGCUCACCUCGCUGAUUCUGUGGAUGAUGAUGCAGCCUUACAGCAGGCAAUUGCUCUGUCCCUGGCAGAAUCUUUAGAAAAUUCUGUGCCAGCAAUGAGUGGAGAAACUCCAAGCACAGGGAUGAAAGGAAGUGGUAGCACACCAUGCAAAAAGAAUAAUACUGUACCCAUUCAAGACUCAGCUAAAACCAUGAGGAUAAAAAAGCAGGGCAAGAGCAGGAUACAACUGACAGAAGAUGAUGUGGUUGCAUUCUUCUUUUCAUUUGAUGAAGUUGGAAAAGGAUAUAUCACGCCGUGGGAUCUUGAACGAAUGGCCACAGUGCAUGAUUUCAUCUGGACGGAUUCUGAGAUAUCAAAGAUGAUCCAUUGCUUUGAUAGUGACAGGGAUGGAAAGAUUAACCUUGAGGAUUUCCGCACCAUUGUAUCCCGAUGCAACAUGUUGCAGGAGCCUGAGAAGUCAGGAUGAGAUAACGAGACACGAUCGGUCGAUCUUGUUCAAAGAUUCAAGCUCUUUUCUUUUUGUGGACAGUGCCUUUUUUCAAAGCCUACUGCAUGAGUGUUACAAGAGGCGCUGAUUGUGCAUAUGAAAUGAGGCAAUGAAACCCAGAACAGCAUGAGCAUCAAGUUCAGGCUUCAAGCUGACUAGGUUAUUGCUGUUCUGCACUACUCUCCCAUGUAAACUAAUGUCUGAAAAACUAACUAUAGAAUAUGCGUUCGUCAUGAAGUUGUAAGACUGACAUGCAAGUUGUUCCAUCGAAAAGCGAGUGUCCCUAUUAUAUUC